AUGUCUGACCACAAGAGCUUCGGAACAGCCUUCACGUUGUACCGAGGCGGAACAAGUAAAGCCCUGUUCUUUCAUGAGACUGUCCUUCCCACCCCGGGUCCACAAAGAGACCAUCUUUUAAAGAGAAUAAUGGGAUCCCCAGAUCCACUCCAGAUCGACGGAAUGGGCGGCUCCAGAGCAGUUACGUCCAAAGUUGCUAUUAUCAUGAAAUCGACUCGCGAGGGCAUAGAUGUCGAUUAUACUUUUGUGCAAGUUGGCAUUGCAGAUGAUAAAAUCUCUUAUAAUGGGAACUGCGGUAAUAUCUCCGCGGCUGUUGGUCCUUUUGCUAUUGAUGAAGGGCUUGUUGAUUUUCGACCUGGUGUUUCGAUCGAUGCGGGGGCUCGAGCGCAGGAGGUUCGCAUCUACAACACUGGUACCAAAAAUACUAUCGUUGCCCAGGUUCCGAUUGAUGAUUCCAGUGCCUUUCAAGCGGAGGGGAGUCAUGCCAUUUCAGGUGUCCCGGGGACGGGCAGCCCGAUAUUGAUGGACUAUCGAUCUUCUAUUGGAGCGAUCCUUUCGAGAGGUAUUUUGCCCACGGGAAAAUCAAUCGACAUCGUAAACAUCCAAGGAAAAGACAUCGAAAUCACAGUAUGUGACGUCGCAAACCCGUGUGUUUUCGUUGACGCACAAGACUUUGAUAUCACGGGCCACGAAAGCGCUGCUGAUCUGACAGCGAACAUGAAAUGGGUCGAGAAAUGUCAGGAGCUUCGAGGGAAAGUGGCAGUGCUACUUUCAUGGACCAAGGACUGGCAACAUUGGGAUCAGAUAUCUCCUUUCGCUCCCUUGCCGAUAUUUGUUACCCCUCAACCAACCCAUCCGAGGGCCAUGUGUCUGCUCGGCUAUUUCUAG